UAGCAGUCCUUUAUUAGUCAAUCACAAUGCCAAGAGCUCCAAGAAACUACUCCAAGACCUACUCUGUCCCAAAGAGACCUUUCGAAACUGCCAGAUUAGACGGUGAGUUGAAGUUGGCCGGUGAAUACGGUUUGAAGAACAAGAAGGAGAUCUACAGAAUCGGUUUCCAAUUAUCUAAGUUGAGAAGAGCUGCUAGAGACUUGUUGACCAGAGAUGAAAAGGACCCAAAGAGAUUAUUCGAGGGUAACGCCUUGAUCAGAAGAUUGGUGAGAGUCGGUAUCUUAUCCGAAGACAAGAUGAAGUUGGAUUACGUUUUGUCCUUGAAGAUCGAAGAUUUCUUAGAAAGAAGAUUACAAACUCAAGUUUUCAAGCUCGGUUUAGCCAGAUCCGUUCACCACGCUAGAGUCUUGAUUACCCAAAGACACAUUGCUGUUGGUAAGCAAAUUGUUUCUAUUCCAUCCUUCAUGGUCAGAUUGGACUCCCAAAAGCACAUUGAGUUCGCUUCCACCUCUCCAUACGGUGGUGGCAGAGCUGGUAGAGUUAAGAGAAAGUCUCAAGCUGCCAAGUCCGAAGAAGGUGCUGAAGAAGACGAAGAAUAAGCGUGUUAACUUUAUAUGUCCUAUAUAAACUUGCCUAGCUUAUUUUUUAUCUACUAACAACAGCUCUUUUUUUUACACUCAAACCCCCC